CUAUCCGUCCGUCUGUCCGUCUGUGCGUGCGUGCGUCCGUGCGUCUGUCCGUUCGUGCGCGUCGAAGUUCGGAGUUCGGAGUGUGAUCUGUCGGAAUAUGGCGUUUGUUUCGUACGUUAUCGCAUCGCCGCGGGACACCGCGGCUCGCCGCAGCUGAACGUCCGUUCGCCGCUGCGCUCGACGGUCCCGCUCCGAAGUAGCCUCGCCGUACGCAAACCUCGUCGAUGCCCCGUGGCUCGGCCCGGUCGCGGCACCCCCGUCGAGAGCGCGCGCGGCGCUCGGCCACUCACAAUCGCGCACGGGCACGAGGAUAAGAUUGCGUCAUUAUCGCCUGGAUCCCCCUGAGAUGCCGAAGAGGUAUCACGAGACGAGCGCACAAUGACGUCCCGCAGUUACACCAAGUCCUACAGCCGCAAGGUCAGCAGUGUAACGCCCGGUAGCAUCCAGUUCGACCUCUUCCGGGAGAACAGCAAUCGGCCGUCGGCCGCCAAGUCCGCGGGCACUGUCGGCAAAUGGGGUAUAACAUCCUUCACGUCUAUCAGGAGCACGAAUAUCAACGGAAGAAGAGAUGAUAUACAUAAUACAUUCGGCGCGAAGAAAAUGAAACUCGAUUAUGGCAAUCAGAAUCGCGUAAAUCCUGGAAAGGAUCCCUUCUCUUUCGAGACUGAUCCGGACAACAAGACGGAUGCAUCUCCGGCAGUCGUUAAGCCGAAGAAGUUUUUCAAGAGUCGGAAUGUACCGUCUGUUGUAGAAGAAUCUCGCCAGAAUGUGGCAAUUUACAGACAAGUACCUGAUUCACAAUAUGGACGAACUCGUGUCCCGAAGCAACCCCCGCAACAGCAGCAACAACAACAGCAGCAGCAGGCUGUAUCAAAAGCGUCACAUGUUUCAGUUAAGAAAGUAGUAGAAAGUUUAGAUAGUACACCUGAUAUUCCCAGUCGGGAGGAGAGCAAACCGCCAAUCGUGCUAAGAAUAUGCAAAGGUACGGCACGAUUGGUUUGUGGGGACGUGCAUCAGGAACCUCAGGAACCAGAGACGGAUACCUACAGAAUUUCCACUCUUCUUGCUAGUCCCUCAAAAGUAGACAUCGAACGUAAGGUCAAUACAGAGACGUCGCUCAAAUCCGAUCAUAGAUCCCUACGCGUGCAUCAACCUGUUGUUUCCACUGUGUCAAUUCCAUUGGAGAAUUCGGACAUGAGAAGGACCACUCGCAGUCGCGCCAAGAAUCUGCACUUGGAUCCAACGGCAACGACUUCCGUCGUGGCGCCGUCGGCAACCCCAGUCACUCCCAAUUCGCACGGUUCCGGCCUCUCUCUAACGUUGAGAAAAUCAAUGACAGACUCCAAUAACACCCUUAUCUCUCAUUACGAUAUUGUUAAGACUGAUUGCAGCUCAAUGUAUUCCUCUAAACCGACGAUCGAACCAUUGAUCGGGCGUGAUCAACCACUGCCAACCACCACUCAAGAGCUGAUCGAUAUAUUAUCGAGUGAUUCCGACACAAGACCACCACCGCCACCAACAUCACCAAUAGCACCAUUACCCCAAACACCAUCACCGGCACAGGCCGUCAACGCGGAUGACAAUGACAAUAUGGAAAAUGUGGAAGAGGCAACGCCAGAGAGCAUUGCGAAUCAAGUAGAACAAUAUUGUUCCAUAGAUAUCCCGACCAAUGAAGCUGAACCUGUUGCGGUCGCACAACAGUCCGAACCGAAACCGGAGGUAGAGCCUGAUCCUGAAUCAGAGCCGGAACUACCAAUAAUCCGUGGAACCACUGACUCCACUUCUACCGUCGAGAUCGCGGCCAAGACUCUGGUGGAUCAGGAUUGGUUUUCGGGCAGUGACGACAGUGAAGGUGCUGGGAAUGUCGAGAGUGAAAUACCAUUGCACGUGACGAGUACGGUCUCGGAAUCGCAGACUUCCGAUCCACCGUCGACGAGUGUUUCGUCGACCAAGCCAGCCGCUAAGAAAGGUAGUAUCUUCAAAAGUCGUUCAACGGGUGCGACGAAUGGAAAUAAGAGACGGGCAUUGUACAAGCAUAAGUGGUGUGAUAGCGACAAAGAAUCCACUGCUACGGAUACGCCUAACACCGGCAACAGCACGCCAACUACUGCCUCUGGUUCCAGCAGUACUGGACCGGUGGCGUACGAGGAGGAGUUCAAUCCCUCGCAGUUGACAAGAGUCGUGACUUAUCCCACGGUUGAUGCGGACUUCGAGGAUGAAACUGAUGCGAUCACGAGUAUUCGCUGUGGUAAAAAAGUUAAAGGGUUCUAUACGGUAGUAAAAAAUGUAAAGAAAGCUCAUCAAAUACAAGAAAGUGGAGAAUUUCAAGAGUUUAAUGACGAUGUGGAAUAUAUCUUGGACACUCUGAGAGAAAAUAAUCCGAAUGCUACUCGUUGCCUUUCAGCCAUACGAUUAGCAAGUAAAUGUAUGGCUCCUGCAUUUCGUAUGCACGUGCGUGCUCAUGGAACUGUUGCCAAGUUUUUUAAAGCUCUUCAUGAUGCAACUAAAGAUCAGAGUCUUGGUUUAUGCACAGCUACAGUAAUGUUUGUAUUAAGUCAAGACCGUCUAGCUAUGGAUCUUGAUCGCGAUUGUUUGGAAUUAAUGUUAAGUCUAUUAGAAUCUGAUGCGAGCCAUAAAGAUGCUCUUGAUGAUUGUGGUCUCAGUCAUGCUGAAUUGCUGAAAAAUAAAGAAAAAGUGCGUCAGUUAUGUGCUGAUAUACAAGCUCAAGGACAUGCCAAGCAUUUGAAUCUAGAUAAUAUUACUGUUGGUCAACUCGCGAUGGAAACACUUUUGAGUCUUACAUCGAAGCGUGCUGGAGAAUGGUUCAAAGAAGAGUUACGAGAAUUAGGUGGCUUGGAACAUAUUGUAAAGACGAUUCGAGAAUGUCACCGUCAUAUUAACGGCCAGAAUGUUUUAAUAUCUGGCUGGACAGAUCCUUUAUUAGACAAAUUACGUAAAGUUGACAGAUGUUUACGCGUCUUAGAAAAUGUAACUCAUAUGAAUGAAGAAAAUCAAGUGUAUUUAUUAAAAUAUGAGGAAGGGGUAUUAGUAAGCACGUUAGCUAGUUUAUAUCACCUGUGUGGGCGAGAAAUUCCCGUUUAUCCAACAACAGAUCCGAGUGAUAAAAGUUCCAUUGGUGCUGUUGUUAGAGAAUGUCUUUUUGCAAUUAUUAAAGUUCUUAUCAAUCUAACCCAUCGAUUUAACGGACAAUCUUUUGGUAGUAAAUCAGUCGGCGCACAAGUUGGCGUUUUGGAUUGUAGUUUGUUUCUUUUAUUACGUGUGCCUGAAUCACUCCCAGAAGAAAAACGAUUUGACAUGAUGAUGUUGGCAUUAAUCUUGUUGAUAAAUUUAGUAGAGCAGUGUGACGAUAAUAAGCAACUUCUUAUCGAAUCGAAAACACCUCCAUCGUCGGAGAAUAUUUUCGAUAUGGAAGAAAGUGGCGUAGCAUCGUUAAUCGAUUUAUUUUACAAGCAAGAGGAACUUGCGCGCGCUGAAGAACAAAAAACAGACGCAAUUCUAGACGGAAAGAAAGAUUCUGAGCAAACAGAAACAGUAUCGACCACUACUAAAUCUCAGGAAGAAUUUAUUGAAGAGACCGUUACAAAAUUGUUACAAAAAGCUGGACGACAUAUGGAACAUACAUUGAUUGGAGCAUAUGUAGUGCUGUUACUUGGAUACUUAAUAAUGGAUAACAAAGAGUACGAGUCACUAGUACGAAGUAGACUACCAGACAAGAACUUCGCCACUAUGAUAUCUGUACUUCAAAAAUUCUUCAAUUUCAUGAAUCUAACGGCAUCGAACGAAGUAAGUAGUUGCGGAAUCGCUGCUACCGAGAAAGUAAUCAAGUUCCUAAAAAUGUCAGAUGCCAGAAUCGAGGAAGAGAAGAAUGAGUUACCAUUACCAGCAUUAGAGGACACCAACACGAUGCUUGACUUAACUUCAUCUUGAUCAAUAUGUUAUGCACGCACCUGACAGCAUUUCUUUCAUCUGGCAUACAUGAAGAGCCAAAGUUGUAUUUGUCCGACAGAAAAAAAAUUCUUUUUAUUCAAUAUGGAUGGACUUGUUUCAUAUUCAUGUAUUUUGAUACAUAUUUAUUCACUUACGUAAUUUAUUGCUGUAGGUUUCAUUAUUAUUACCGAUUCGUCUUAUUUCCUUAUUUACGAAAGUUAGCGUUAUGUCUUAGUUUUAUAAAUUUAAAAUAAGAUAGCUUUGAAUUGUAGGGACACAUCUUGUAAUUAUAAUUGCAGGGCACUUAUCACAAUUAUAUCGUUACUGUCUACACGGUAUCGCUGAUGAUUCAAAGUAACAAUCACCUUUUUUUUUCAAGUUGAGAGAUUGUCAAGAAGAGUUAAUAAUAUGAUAAACUUCUUGUCAGCCUACUCAAUUUACUUUCUGUAUAUGAAAUCUUAAUAUUGUACAAUCAAUUUUUUAAAUUAUACCCUUAUUUUAAAGUUUAAUUGAUCGAUGGCAUAGUUACAUUAAAUGUAACUCGCUGAAAUUCAACGUAACAUUUUCGUUUUCUUGAUUCUUUUUUUUUAAUGUGUGUAAGAUUAUUUUAAUGUUAAAAUGAUAUGAUAUAAGCCUUGUAAAUGUAAAUUUAUAAAUUAUAAUUGUAUCUUAUAUCUGCAGUUUCGAAUUAUUGGAUCCCAUUAUAGUGCUAAUUACAAACAUUAUGAACAUCAUUACAAACAUCAGUGCAUUGCACCGCGAUGCGAAAUAUUCUCACGCGUUCUAUACAGUAUAUAAAAAUUUAACUCGAGGAGAUACGCACGUAAUAUGUUGUUAUAUUUGUAGUAAAAUCGCCGAAGGCGCAAUACGAAGAAUCUAUAUGUAGAAUAAAAUACUUUUUUUAAACAUA